GGCAUGGACCUACCAUAACUCACUUUCAACAGACUCCUCUUGCUAGGGAAACUGAAAGAGCGGAGAAAUGGAUUCCGGUUUUGGAUAACAGAAGAAUUAAAUUGUGAAAUAAGACACAGAAACGACACCAGGCAGGCCUUGGUCAUUGUUAUUGUCUAUCGUGCUAUUUUAAUGGAGGCAUAGGAAAAAGGUCCAAAUUUUAACAGGAAUGUAGCUACGACCCAUAAAUCACGUUCACUUGAGGCUUGCAAAAGAAAUAGUAUUUGCGUUUUACUUCAGUUUUCAUCGCAUUUGUUAUUGUGAUACUGGGUACAAUCCUCCUCUAUGGAGCGACAGGACGGACAAACGGAAAACCCGACAGACUGACAAGAGUUGUGCGCCGCCUUGGCUUCUAUUAUUGACAGAAGAACCCGCUUUGACAAGGACCCAAAGCAACUGGGAUUCGAUGUUGCUGGCGUCCGCCGUAGUCGUGUGGGAAUGGCUAAACGAACAUGGGCGCUGGCGGCCUUACAGCCCGGUCGUGUCGCACCACAUCGAGGCGGUGAUUCGGAGCGACCCGCGAGGUGGCAGCGUCGUAUUAGGCCAAGUCGACAGCCGCCUCUCGCCUUACAUCAUAGACCUGCAUUCCAUGCAUCAGUUUAGGCAAGAUACAGGUACCCUCCGGCCGGUGCGGCGGAGUUUCUACGACCCGACCUCAGCUCCGGGGCAGGGCUGGCUGUGGGAGUGGGAGAAUGACGUGGGGUCCUGGACGGCCUACGACACGGAGGUGGGCAUCGCCAUCCAGGCGGCGAGGGACCGCCUGCAGCCCUGGCUGGACCUGUCCCCGCUCGGGUUCUGCUACCUCAUCGACUUCCAGUCCAUGACCCAGAUCAACGGGCAGACCCAGCGCCGGCGGCGCAUCCAGAGGCGCUCGGACCUGGCCUACCCGCUGGUGUCCGGGGCCCUGCCCAGGUCUCAGGCCUGGGGGGCCGCGGGGGGCGGCGCGGGCGGUCCGCUGGCCGUGGGUGUGUCCGGGAGCUCCGGCGGGAACGGCGGGGUGGGGUACCCCAGCGGCGCCCUGUCCCUGUCCUCCCUCGCUCCGCUGGGACAGUCCUGCACCUGCCAGCAGUGCAUGCUGGUCCUGAGCGUGAAGACCAGCACCAUGGCGCAAACGCUGGGCCGCAAGCCCCCCCAGGCCAGGCCGCCCAGCCCCAAGUCCACCCUCGGGCGCCGCUCGGCCUCCAGCCCCCCGAACUCCUACUCCUACACCCUCCCCCACCCGUCCCGGUCCGUCUCGCCCCGCAAGAGCCGCCCCAGCUUCAACCACUCCCUCUCCCUCCUGGGCCCGGCGUCCGCGGCCCUCUCCCGCCCGUCUCCCCGGCCCGCUCCCCCGUCGCUUCCUUCCACCCCUCCCCCGCCGGCCGCCUCGGCCGCGCCCGGCUCCGUCUCCUCCGCGCCCGCUGCCGCCUCCACGCCGCUGGUGCCCACCGCCACGCUCAUCACCGUGGCGACCUCCUCGCCCGCCGCCCCGGGCCCUCGCCCCGCCGCCCCCAUCCCGCCGCGUGCCAGCCUGGUGGGGCUCAGCCGGCCCGCCCUCCAGCGCAUCGCCAUGGCACAGUCGCGGGCCCUCAUCGCCUCCGGGGUCCCCACUGUACCAGUGAAGAACCUCAAUGGCUCCAGUCCUGUACACCCAGCACUUGCAGGUAUUACAGGCAUUCUCAUGAGUGCUGCGGCCCUACCUGUGUGUCUGACUCGGCCCCCCAAGCUGGUCCUGCACCCGCCGCCCGUCAGCAAGAGCGACAUCAAGCCCAUUCCUGGGCUGAGCCACUGCUGCCGCAAGACCAGCAAGAAGCAGGCCCGCAAAGGUAAAACUCCAGAGGAGGUAGUGAAGAAGUACCUGCAGAAAGUUCGGAGCCCCCCCGAGGAGGACUGUACUAUCUGUAUGGAGCCCCUGGGGGGCGCCUCUGGGUAUAGGGGCCCCGGGGUGGGUAGUAUUUCUCGGGGGGAGUCGGUGGGCCGCUUGUCUGCAUGCGGGCACGAGUACCAUCUGCAGUGCCUGGUUGCCAUGUACAACAAUGGGAACAAGGAUGGCAGCCUCCAGUGCCCCACCUGCAAGACCAUCUAUGGUGUGAAGACGGGCAACCAGCCUCCUGGCAAGAUGGAGUACCAUGUUAUCCCCCAUUCUCUCCCCGGCCACCCCGACUGCAAAACCAUCCGCAUCAUCUACAACAUCCCGCCUGGCAUUCAGGGCCCUGAGCACCCUAACCCUGGGAAGCCCUUCACAGCCAGAGGCUUUCCUCGGCACUGCUAUCUCCCGGACAGUGAGAAAGGACGCAAGGUGCUCCGGCUGCUCCUUGUGGCCUGGGACCGGAGGCUGGUCUUCUCAGUGGGCACGUCGAGCACCACGGGGGAGUCGGACACGGUCAUCUGGAACGAGGUGCACCACAAGACCGAGUUCGGCUCCAACCUGACGGGCCAUGGAUACCCGGACCCCGGCCACCUGGACAACGUUCUGGAGGAGCUACGGAUCCAGGGGAUCGCAGAGGACGAGAGUCUGCAGCGUGACUGAGGGGCAAGCAGGGGGGGGGGGUCUGCUGAGUGACUGACCACACAGACAGGAACUGACCGUGUGCAGGGAUGGUCAUUGCUUUUACAGCUGAGCGGUUUUUUUUUUUUUUUUUUUUUUUUUUUUUUUUUAAACACAUGAAAUCAAGUGAACACAGGAGACGAAACACUGAGGUAAAUUACCUGCAAAAAACAGGAGGCAGUACUGGCAGGUGCUAAAGUAGAAGGACAUGUAUUUCAGAGACUGAAAUUAACAUCAGACAACGCUUUUGAGAGAGCGCGAGAGAGAUGGACAAAGGGAGAGAGGGAAGAGAGAGGG